AUGGGUAAUUUUACUACGUUAAUUGCCGAAUUUAAGUUUACACGACGUCUUACUGGAAACCUGAUGAAUGUCUACAUCCCUAGUACGUUAGUGGUCAUGCUGUCGUGGCUGUCAUUUUGGAUCGAUGUUCACGCAGCACCCGCACGCAUCACUUUGGGUGUGACUUCAAUCCUGACUUUAGUCACUCAUUUGGUGCAGUCCAGAAGCUUCGUGCCUCCUGUGGAUUAUUUAAAGGCUCUGGAUGUCUGGUUUAUAUUCUGCAUCGUUCUGAUAUUUUUAUCUUUACUGGAAUAUGCUUUAGCAUAUAAUUUCGUCUUAAAAAAGCGAACGGAUUUUCACUUGAUUUUGGCAAUAGUAGCUGUUUGGAAAGAUGGGAGACUGAACUUAAAGCACUUAGUUUCCGAAUAUCCAAUAGUCUUUCCUACUAAAAAAGCAAGUAAAAUUUGGCUACCAAAAUUUGGAUAUCCUAAUGCCAAAACCAUGGAAAAAUUUUAUGAUUCUGCAGAUAUAUUUAACUUAAAAAUUCUUCCAGACGAAUCGCUGUUUGCAACUGUAGACAGAGAAAAAGAUGUCAUUCUGAAAUGGAUGGGAGAAUCAAAUAGUCCUUACAAAUAUCUUGGAAAAAGCAUACACAUCCGAAACAUGAAUUUAUUAACAUACGAGAUGAAUGAAGUUAAAGCUAAAAGGGUUACGGAUGUAUGGAUUACCGAAAUGAAAGAAACAAAACAGCUGAAAGACAUCAGAUCCAUCAUGUUUCUUUCCAUCCCUUUCAUCUGA